CACCAGCUUGCCGUCUUCCACGAACCAAACACACCCUGUAAACCGCUAAUAAAGCAAUCGUGUUCGCGUGGUGUUUUAGUUUGGUGUUAAACAAACUUUUUUGGAUAGACGCUUUGGAAAGAACUUUCAAAAUUCUCGCUAGGUUCUUUUUCUUCGAAUUUCCCCUUUUUUCGAGGAAGGUAACCUGAUUCCAAAGCCUUUUCUUUCCAAAAACUAGGAUUCUCCUUUACAAAGUUUCCUCUACCGGUUUAUAAACGCGUGGUUUUUUUGUAAUUUGAGAUCUCUGUCUUUCCACCAUCUCUAUAUAUCUUUGAACCGGUUGGGUUGGUCUCAUUGUUUCUAUCUUUGAUUGACAUUCCUUUUGACCCGAAACGCCCAUCGUUUUAGGGAUUCUCUAUUUAUAUCCCCAUUUGUUUGGUUCGGUUUUAUUUUUUUAUAUCCGUUGCAUACUUUUCGUAGUUUAGAUUGGAAUUUCUUGAAACGGAUUCUUUUCUUCUCUUUUUUACGGGUUUGCUAAUCGUUUAAUCUCUUCGGUUCUUGCAACCCAUUCCUUAUUCUUUGCACUUGCUCUUCGCAUACAUUUCAAGCUUGCUCCGUUCUCGCUUCGUUGCUUGCUUCUUGGGCUGUAACUGCUUUUGUCAACGUGUAAAAGGUAAUUAUCGGAAUAUCCUUAUCAACUUGCAUUCUUUUUAUAUACUUUCCUUAUUCCCAGAUUUCCUUCUUUGCAUCCAGGCAUCUCCCAUCUUUACUCUACCUUCAACUAUUAUACCAUAAAGUUCGGAACGACAAGACAGUUUUCCAUCAUUCUUUUCGGAGUUUAUAAUACAGGGAGUAUUUAAUUAUUUUACUAAAAAUUACAGGAUAAUACUUUCAUAUAAUUGUUAUUUUGUAAAUUAUUCUGUCUUUUUCCCGAUCUUAAAUUCUUUCUUUUUUCUUUCUUUCUUUUAACUAUUUCUUGAAUUUUCUCUUGUUUAUACUUUGUUUUCCCUUUGGAUCUCUUGUAUUGACCCUUUGCUACAAUGAAUGCUAAUCGCGGUCACCCACAAGGUUCAUCAGAUCCUGCCAGCGGUGGAUAUAACCGCGAAUCUGAGGAUUAUCAUGAUAACGCUUACCAGCGCCCUUCCGCUUCCUCCUAUGACCGUGAAGGCUAUGAUAACAACUCACUUUAUGAGGAAGAUUAUGCCGAUGGCUAUGAUUAUCCAACAGGUGUAACCGAAAGCUACGGCGAUGAAUAUACGCCUGUGGAUUCCGGUGAAACUGGUUAUCAAUACACGGCUAACAAAGCCAAGGAUAUCCAUCCUUCUGAUGAGUACGGUUCGGAUUACUCCGAUUAUAAUGCUCGACCUGCUGAGGACAACUUUUACAACUUACGAGGUGACGGCCGCUACAACGGUCAUGAUCCUAGUUCCGACUCUCUCGCUAAUGUUUACAACAGUGUUCCCUAUGGUGCGAGUCCUUACGAAUUCAGUAACUCCUCUUUUGUCGGAAACUCUGGUCCAGGUACCCCUAUGGACGCCGAUAGUGCCUCUUUCUAUGCUGACAGCUCUAACUUUGCUCCUAGGGAACCAUAUCCUGCUUGGACCCCCGAAAACGAGCUUCCUCUGACUAAGGAGGAAAUAGAGGAUAUCUUUAUUGACUUAACCAAUAAACUUGGUUUCCAGCGUGACUCCAUGCGCAAUAUGUAUGACUUUUUUAUGACUUUGCUAGACUCUCGUGCCUCUCGUAUGACUCCCGAUCAGGCCUUGUUGACUUUGCAUGCAGACUAUAUUGGUAGCGACCUUGCCAACUACAAAAAAUGGUAUUUUGCUGCUCAAAUGGACCGUGAGGAUGCAAUCGGUCUUGCCAGUCUUGGUGUUUAUGGCGGUAAAGUUACUUCUGUCAAGGAGAAAGGUAAGCUUUUUUCAAGAAAUAAGAAAGCUCCUAAGGUUGCCAAACCCCCUAAAAAGUCCCGCUUCAAGAAGAAAAAGAGGCAAGACGAGCCUACCGAACAGGAGGAUGAAUAUAUUGAUGUCAACACUGAUGACUCUUUAGAAUCUGCCGAAUAUCGCUGGCGUUCUCACAUGCGCCAAAUGACUCAAUUUGAACGCGCACAACAGGUAGCUCUUUGGUUGCUUUUGUGGGGUGAAGCUAAUAAUGUUCGAUUUAUGCCUGAGGUUAUGGCAUUCUUGUUUAAAUGUGCUUAUGACUAUAUCGCUUCUCCGGAAGCUCAGAAUGUUACAGAGCCUGUUGAAGAGGGUUAUUAUUUGGACAACGUCAUUUCUCCUCUUUAUCAGUACAUGCAUGAUCAACAAUUUGAAAUCAUUGACGGUAAGUAUGUUCGUCGUGAACGCACACAUGAGCAAGUCAUCGGCUAUGAUGACAUUAAUCAGUUGUUCUGGCAUGCGGAGGGUAUCGCUCGUCUUAUUUUCGAAGACGGUACUCGGUUGAUUGAUAUCCCCGCUUCAGAACGUUUCCAUAGACUUUCUGAAGUCCAAUGGAACCGUGCAUUCUAUAAGACAUAUUACGAAACUCGAUCCUGGCUUCAUCUUAUUGUUAACUUCAAUCGUAUUUGGGUAAUUCACUUCUGCAUGUUCUGGUUCUUUACUGCUUACAAUUCCCCUACUCUAUACACCAAGGAAUUCCACAGAAAGGAUGGUCCUCAACCUACUGGUGGCUCUACUUGGGCUGCUGUAGCUUGUUCUUCCAUCCUUGCUUGUAUUAUUAUGUUGGUAGCCUCUCUGUGUGAAUAUUUAUAUGUACCUCGUCGCUAUCCGGGAUCAAAACCAAUCUGGAAGAGGAUUAUGCUAAUCCUUGUAGUUUGCGGUAUCAAUCUGAUCCCUAUUGGUUAUAUUUUGGUGUUUUCUACUCCGGAAAAACAAAGGACUGGAAGAAGAAAAGCUGUUGGUGUAGUAGCGUUCUUGAUGUCUAUUGCGACCUACCUUUAUUUCUCUCUUAUUCCUCUUCAAUCUGCAUUUGGAAAGUGGGCUGUAAAACCAGAUAGGAAAUACUUAGCCAACAAAUACUUUACUGCUAACUUUGCUCCAUUGAAGUUUGACAACCAGGCCGUUUCAAUUCUUAUCUGGGUUUGUAUUUUUACUUGUAAGUUUGUCGAGUCUUAUUUCUUCUUGACAUUGUCUAUUAGGGACCCAAUUAUUGUGCUCAGUACAAUGCGUCCUUACCUUUGCUCAAUCUAUUGGGUAGGUAGUAGACUAUGUUUCGUACAGCCUAGAAUUUUGCUCGGUAUUAUGUACUUUACGGAUUUAAUUUUGUUUUUCUUGGACUCUUAUCUGUGGUAUGUUAUUUUUAACACUAUUUUCUCUGUUUUAAGAUCAUUUAUUCUUGGUAUUUCGAUCUUGACUCCCUGGAGAAAUAUUUAUAGCCGCUUACCACAGAGAAUCUACAGCAAAAUUCUUGCUACUAACGAUAUGGAAAUUAAAUAUAAGCCUAAGAUUCUUAUUUCACAAGUAUGGAAUGCGGUUGUCAUUUCCAUGUAUCGUGAGCACUUACUCUCCAUUGAUCAUGUUCAGCGUUUGCUUUAUCAUCAAGUUCCAGCUGAAGAAGGACGUCGUACCUUACGUACUCCAAAUUUCUUCGUUUCUCAGGAUGAUCAUACUGUUCAUACUGACUUCUUCCCUGCUAAUUCUGAAGCGGAACGUCGUCUUUCGUUCUUUGCCCAAUCCAUGGCCACUCCUGUCCCCGAACCUGUUCCUGUUGAUAACAUGCCUACGUUCAGUGUUUUCAUUCCACACUACGCCGAAAAGAUUCUACUUUCAUUGCGUGAGAUUAUCAGAGAGGAAGAUCAACUUUCUCGAGUUACGUUGCUUGAAUACCUUAAGCAAUUGCAUCCCGUUGAGUGGGAUUGCUUCGUAAAGGAUACUAAGAUUCUUGUUGAAGAAAAUGCUCCUUAUGAAGAUGAUUCCGUGUCCGAGAAGGAAAGUGUUAUCCGUAGCAAAAUCGAUGAUCUCCCCUUUUACUGCAUUGGUUUCAAAUCUGCUGUACCGGAAUACACUCUUCGUACUCGUAUCUGGGCAUCUCUGCGAAGCCAAACAUUGUAUCGAACUAUCAGUGGUUUUAUGAACUACAGCCGUGCUAUCAAAUUAUUGUAUCGUGUUGAAAAUCCGGAGAUUGUACAAAUGUUUGGUGGUAACACUGAUCGUUUGGAACAUGAAUUAGACCGAAUGGCUCGUCGUAAAUUUAAGAUUGUUGUCUCUAUGCAACGUUACGCUAAGUUCAGCAAGGAGGAAUAUGAAAACGCAGAGUUCUUGCUCCGUGCCUAUCCUGAUCUUCAAAUUGCCUAUCUUGAUGAGGAUCCACCUCUUGAAGAGGGUGGAGAACCGCAAUUGUUUGCUGCUCUUAUCGAUGGUCACUCUGAAAUUAUGGAGAAUGAACGCCGUCGCCCCAAGUAUCGUAUUCGAUUGUCUGGUAAUCCCAUUCUCGGUGAUGGUAAAUCUGAUAACCAAAACAUGGCUUUACCAUUCUAUCGUGGUGAAUAUCUUCAAUUAAUUGAUGCAAAUCAAGAUAACUAUCUAGAGGAAUGUUUGAAGAUCCGUAGCGUUCUUUCUGAGUUUGAAGAAAUGGAAACCGACAAUGUUAACCCCUAUUCGGAGACUGCAAAGGAGAGGAACUACAAUCCCGUGGCUAUUCUCGGUGCUCGUGAGUAUAUUUUCUCUGAGAAUAUUGGUAUCCUUGGUGACGUUGCAGCUGGUAAAGAACAAACAUUUGGUACUCUUUUCUCUCGUACUCUUGCUCAAAUCGGUGGUAAAUUGCAUUACGGACAUCCGGAUUUCUUGAACGGUGUUUUUAUGACUACUCGUGGUGGUGUUUCUAAAGCCCAAAAAGGUCUACAUGUCAACGAAGAUAUUUACGCCGGUAUGACUGCCUUGCUUCGUGGUGGCCGUAUCAAGCAUUGUGAGUAUUUCCAAUGUGGUAAGGGUCGUGAUCUAGGUUUCGGUUCUAUUCUCAAUUUCAAUACAAAGGUUGGUACUGGUAUGGGUGAGCAAAUGCUUUCUCGUGAGUAUUACUAUCUUGGUACACAACUUCCCUUAGACAGAUUUCUUUCGUUUUACUUUGCACACCCUGGCUUCCACUUGAACAAUAUGUUUAUUAUGCUCUCUGUUCAACUUUUCAUGGUUGUCCUACUUAACUUAGGUGCAUUCUAUCAUGUGGUCACUGUCUGUUACUAUGACAAGUCGCAGAAAUUAAGUUAUAGUACUACUUUUGUUCCCCAAGGUUGUUAUCAACUUGCUCCAGUUUUAUCUUGGUUGAAGCGUUGCGUUAUUUCAAUUUUCAUUGUCUUCUGGAUUUCUUUCAUUCCCUUAACAGUACAUGAAUUGAUCGAGCGUGGUGUCUGGAGGGCUUUUAAGAGAUUUAUGAAGCAUAUCGGCUCGUUUUCUCCAUUGUUUGAAGUGUUUACUUGUCAAGUCAACUGUCAGGCAGUUGUUGCUGAUCUUUCUUUUGGCGGUGCUAGAUAUAUUGGUACUGGUCGUGGAUUUGCCACAGUCCGUUUACCAUUCUCCGUCUUAUACUCUCGAUUUGCUCAACCUUCAAUUUAUGCUGGUGCUCGAUUCUUGAUGAUGUUGCUUUUUGGUACACUUUCUGUUUGGGUUGCACAUUUGGUUUACUGGUGGGUAUCCAUUAUGUCUCUUUGUGUUGCCCCCUUCUUGUUCAAUCCUCACCAAUUCGAUUGGAACGAUUUCUUCGUAGACUACAGAGAAUUCAUUCGUUGGUUAUCCAGAGGUAAUUCCCGUACCCAUGCUAAUUCUUGGAUUGGUUAUUGCCGGUUAAGUCGUACCAGAAUUACUGGUUACAAGCGUAAGGUUUUAGGACAACCUAGUGAUAAGAUUUCUAUGGAUACUCCUCGUGCAAAGAUGACGAGUGUGUUCUUUAGUGAAGUCUUGGUUCCUGGACUGUUAGCUGCAGGUGCAGUUAUUCCUUAUUUCUUUAUGAAUUCGAUGCCCGGUAAUCCCUCUUACGCGAAUUGGUUAGACCAUGAUAAGAUGUAUUACACAACCGAUCCAAAGACCGGUACUAAUCCUAUCUUACGACUUGCGAUUGUUACUCUCGUUCCAAUUGCGGUUAGUUUCGGUAUGGUCGGAUUCUUUGGAGGUAUGGCUUGCUGUAUGGGUCCCCUGUUUGGAUUGUGCUGCAAGAAGUUCCCUGCUGUUCUCGCUGCAAUUGCCCACGCAAUCCAAGUCAUUAUUUUCAUCGUUGUCUUUGAGGUUUCUUGGUUCUUGGACGGUUGGUCGUUACCUAAGACUGUGCUAGCAUUUUGUGCUGUAACUGCUGUUCACAGAUUUAUCUUUAAGCUUCUGACACUACUUACGUUGAGUCGUGAAGUAAAGCAAGACAGUUCCAAUAUUUCAUGGUGGUCAGGCAAAUGGUGGGGUAAAGGGUUCGGUUAUCAUGCAUUCACUUUACCUGCACGUGAAUUUAUGUGCAAAUCGAUUGAGCUCAACUUGUUUGCUACCGACUUCUUCUUGGGUCAUUUGUUGCUUUACUUCAUGCUUCCUGUAAUUUGCAUCCCAUACGUUGACCGCUGGCACUCUGUUUUGCUCUUCUGGUUGAGACCUAGUCGCCAAAUUCGCCCACCUAUCUUCUCUACAAAGCAGAGUAGACUCCGCAAACGUAUUGUGCGUCGUUACUCCGCUCUGUAUUUCUCAAUUCUACUUCUUCUUUUAAUUUUGAUUAUUGUACCUUUGGCUGCCGGUAGCGAAAUCUGGCAAGGACUUGGAGGUGUCGAUGCCAUCUCUAAGAUCAGUCCCUUGUAUCCAAACGGAACAGUCAAGAACCUUACUGGAAUGAGUAUUGGCGGAGGAUUGAGACAGCCUAGAGAUGUUAAUUGGACUCGUAACUACACUCAAAACUAUGCAGGAAUGAACUUCGUCUUUAAUACCACGUAUUGAGGUUGAUUACUAUUUCUCUGUGUUUAUAAAGAAAUAUGUUUCUUACUUUAUGCAUUCAGCAUGAAGUUGAUGGAUCAUUGUAAACAGCGAUGUUUUCUGAUUUAAAUAUGGUUUUCAUGUUCCUUUUCGGAAUUCCUAUUAUAUAUAUUAUAUAUAUAUAUUGUACUGGCAUAUGUUAUUUACUAUUAUACUGCAUAUGAUGCAAAACUUUUCCUUUUGUUAAUUACUAUACUAAGGGCAAGAGGAUGGCUAAUUUUUUAAAAAGUUGUUCAUCGUUUCUUUUUCAUUUUACUUUCUUAUCAUUGUUAUUUCUUAUUUCUACAACUUUGAAAUAGAUGAACUUUUUUUUGUGCGGUCGCAAGUCUUGGAUUUAGAUAGACCUGAUCUUUUACGCAUCUAAAGUUAUAUACAUUAUAUUAUCUCCACGUUUAUUUCUUUAUCUAUAGAAUUAAAUAAAACGUUUAGUAAUUUGCUUAUA